AUGCCCUCUAUCCGCAACACGCUUCUUUGCCUAAUGGCUACCACUGCAACCGUUUACGCCGAGCGGUUAACAGUCGUCUGGUCAAACAGUGGCUUUUCAACGAUCUCCGGUCCCACUGGCAAUGAACAUGGCCAUGACAGUGGUUUCGCGAUCCUGAACGAGGCGGGCGAUGCUAUCUACGAAACAGCCUAUCCCGAUGACCAUUCACCUUGUUACAACACCGGUGACGGCCGCGAGUUUACCAUCGAGGGCGACUGCUGGGCCAGUGCACGCAAGUUCAAGUGCAAGUCUAACUUUGCCGGCAUCCCAGAGACCUGUGAGGUUAAGGACGGCAAUGGAAACAGUAUCGGCUCUGGUGAGGGAGCGACUGAUAUCAAAUCAAUUGGUAUCGCCGUUAUUACAUCCGGCAGUUGUGCUGUUGAAUUCGAUUCGGACAGCGACGGUUGCCCUGUUGAUGAUGGCAACGGUCCUCUUCAUGUUACCUCUGGUUAA